AUGCUGCGGAUCCGAGUGGCGAAGGAGGGGAAGUCCCGCUAAGCUUGCAGGGUUUGAAACCCUAGCCCCCAUCACCCCCCAACGCAUUCGAGUGCCUUUUCGGCUUCUCACACGUUUCAUUCGACGUCAGCGAGUCUUCUACGCCAACAUCGUUGCGAUUCCUUCGGUUAUCUUCGCCCAAAGGUCAGCGCACACUGAGUCUCCUCCCCCACGGCACAUGCAACACCCCGCCUGUUGCAUCGCCUUUUUUCGCAUGGCCCCAGCUCCCACGCAGCCUGUAGACAGCAAGCAGCGAGGUCCAGUAGCUGUGUGUCGCUGGGAGCCGAAAACCGUGUGCAGCAGCAGUCAGAGACUGUGCUUGCCUUGCGGGGGCACAGUGACUCCUGGGCAGUCAGAGAUAGCUUGUUGCAGAAUCAGUGGGACGGCAUGGGAGGCGGGGAGGGGCGCAAUGCUCGUGGGGGAAGAAGAGCAGAGGAGCGAAGCGUCCUUCUGAUAUCUUGUCUUUUUGUCUGCUUUGCUGCUGUUGUGCGACGCAGGUCAACGUCAACAGAGAGUGUCUUACUCUAUCAAGUCACACGCGUCGGCUCUCUUCGGGCUUCGCGGACACCUCAUUGAAGUCUGUCUUCAAGAGACUCAAGUAGGCGACGUCAGGCCGGACCCAGAGAUGGCUCGCGGGUUCAUGCUUCUUUGUCCUCUAACCAUGUGCCCAGAACGGGACUUUCCUCUUUCUCUAGUUGUUGGGUUCAAAAAGGGCUUGCAUCUCUCACAAGACUUCUUUUCCGCUUCAACGGGCAACUCCCUUGCUAGGUGGGGUUCCUGAGCCAUCUCCGAUCGGAGAGAGACGGCGCACCUCUCCAUCUUCCUUGCUCUCUUUGUGCUGUGUGUGUUGCUGUUCAUCAGACUUCUCCAUUUCGGGACUCAUUGAGAAAUACCCUUGCUGACUCACGUGGCAACCUACCUUUGCUGCUUCAAGUAGACCACACGGCGUCAAGCAGCCAUUUGUUGUUGCUCUCACACCGACUUCAUGUCUCUUGCUGUGGCGUUCCAGAUUUUCCUCACUCCCUCUUUCUCUCGACACACCCGAUCCCUUCGGCGUCCUUUCUCCUCUGUUUGUGAGCGGUAAGCACUCUCAUGCCCUCCUUUUCUCUGGGUGCCUACAGGCUGUGUUUCCGUAUCUCCUGCGUCUUUCUCACUGAUUGACUUAUCGAUCAGGUCAAUUCAUCAUGGGGAUGGCCACUUGUAAACGCAACUGCUGGAACUGGUCGUGUUUCUGCUGCAUCUUCUUCGGCUGUGCGGACCGAGUCAAGUUCGAGGACGAGCAUGAACUCACGUACGCCAGCCUAUUCCACACACACCACGCACACACGGAGAGAGAGAGAGAGAGAGAGAAUUUUUGUUUGCCUUUCCUGUCUGUGUGCCUGCGGCAUUGUGGAGCCCAGCGUGAAGCGUCCGCCGAGCAAGGAGGAGGUGGCGAGUGUGACAAUUCAGGCGGGGUUCAGGGCCAUGAAGGCCCGGGAGGAGGCCACGAGACGCCGCUACUCGCGCGACGAUGACGACAACGCGGUGGCCAAGGUGGUCAAGGACGAAAUUGGCGAAGACGAAGACAACGCAGCCGCCAAAGCCACCUCGGGCUGAUCGAUCAAUGCGUGAGGACAUCCAUGCGUAUGUGCAACCGGCGGGCCAGCCAUUGGUGGCCGUUGCCGCAUCCAUCCAUGUAUUCCUCUUUGCCCUUCCUUGGCCUUUGUUCCUUUGCACUCACUGCAAUGAUCGAUCUGUUGCAGUGGACAUAUAUACGUUAUGUAUACCUACCUGCGUACAAGUGUAUUCUGGGCGUCUCCUCUCUCUCUCUCUCUCUCUCUCCUGCGUUGGCCCUCACUCAUCCCUGCCUGCCUGCCUGCCUGCCUGUCUGCCUGUCUACCUGCCUGCCUCUAUCGUGCUUGCCAAGGUAGGCUUUGGGCCGUCGUCUGGUUGGUUGGUUGUCUCUUUUUCACACCAGUAUACAUACAUACAUGCAUACAUAAAUAGAUAGACGACAUGAACGGUCGUGAGUGACAUCGUGCAGUGUGCAUGCCCACACAUGUAUGUGAUCGAUGAAUCCCUCCAAUAUUCAA